GUCACCACCUCCCGCAAGUGCCAGAGCCGAGCGGACUGCGCGGAGGCUGCGGAGCCGGCGGCCGCGGGAGCUGACCCUGCGGGGUCCCGGGGGGGAGGGGGAGCCGAGAAGCCCCCGCUGAGGCCGCCGCUGCCGGGCCUCCCCUCCCCCCCGGGCGGGCGCCAUGCGGGGGAGCCCGGGUGACGCGGAGCGGCGGCAGCGCUGGGGUCGCCUGUUCGAGGAGCUGGACAGUAACAAGGAUGGCCGCGUGGACGUGCACGAGUUGCGCCAGGGGCUGGCCAGGCUGGGCGGGGGCAACCCAGACCCCGGCGCCCAACAGGGUAUCUCCUCUGAGGGUGACGCUGACCCAGAUGGUGGGCUUGACCUGGAGGAAUUUUCCCGCUACCUGCAGGAGCGGGAACAGCGUCUGCUGCUCAUGUUUCACAGUCUUGACCGGAACCAGGACGGUCACAUUGACGUCUCUGAGAUCCAACAGAGUUUCCGAGCUCUGGGCAUUUCCAUCUCGCUGGAGCAGGCGGAGAAAAUUCUGCACAGCAUGGACCGAGACGGCACAAUGACCAUUGACUGGCAAGAAUGGCGCGACCACUUCCUGUUGCAUUCGCUGGAAAAUGUGGAGGACGUGCUGUAUUUCUGGAAGCAUUCCACGGUCCUGGACAUUGGCGAAUGCCUGACAGUGCCGGAUGAGUUCUCAAAGCAGGAGAAACUGACGGGCAUGUGGUGGAAGCAGCUGGUGGCUGGCGCAGUGGCAGGCGCCGUGUCACGCACAGGCACGGCCCCUCUGGACCGCCUCAAGGUCUUCAUGCAGGUCCAUGCCUCAAAGACCAACCGGCUGAACAUCCUGGGGGGGCUUCGAAGCAUGGUCCUUGAGGGGGGCAUCCGCUCCCUGUGGCGCGGCAAUGGUAUUAAUGUACUCAAGAUUGCCCCCGAGUCAGCUAUCAAGUUCAUGGCCUAUGAGCAGAUCAAGAGGGCCAUCCUGGGGCAGCAGGAGACGCUGCAUGUGCAGGAGCGCUUCGUGGCUGGCUCCCUGGCUGGUGCCACAGCCCAAACCAUCAUUUACCCCAUGGAGGUGCUGAAGACGCGGCUGACCUUGCGCCGGACGGGCCAGUACAAGGGGCUGCUGGACUGCGCCAUGCGGAUCCUGGAGAGGGAGGGGCCCCGUGCCUUCUACCGCGGCUACCUGCCCAACGUGCUGGGCAUCAUCCCCUAUGCGGGCAUCGACUUGGCCGUCUAUGAGACUCUGAAGAACUGGUGGCUUCAGCAGUACAGCCACGACUCGGCAGACCCAGGCAUCCUCGUGCUCCUGGCCUGCGGUACCAUAUCCAGCACCUGCGGCCAGAUAGCCAGUUACCCCCUGGCCCUGGUCCGGACCCGCAUGCAGGCACAAGCCUCCAUCGAGGGUGGCCCCCAGCUGUCCAUGCUGGGUCUACUACGUCACAUCCUGUCCCAGGAGGGCAUGCGGGGCCUCUACCGGGGCAUUGCCCCCAACUUCAUGAAGGUUAUUCCAGCUGUGAGCAUCUCCUAUGUGGUCUACGAGAACAUGAAGCAGGCCUUGGGGGUCACGUCCAGGUGAGGGACCCGGAGCCUGUCCCCCCGAUCCCUCACCCCAGGCAUGACGUCCCCGACACCUCAGCCACUGGAGACUGAUGAUUCAACCACAGGAUCCCUACUUUUUGGCCACGAGAAAUCAGUACCCAGAUCCUGGAUCCUAGGCUCCUAUGCCCCAACCAUUGGGUUAUGGGAUCCCAGCACCCAGAUCCUGGAUCCUAGACUCCUAUGCCCCAACCACUGGGUCUUGGGAUCCCCACCCUUCAGCCACUAGAUCCCAGUACCCUAUCUCUAGAUCCCAGAUCCCCCUGUGACCAUAACUGUGGAUCCCUUCAGCAACUCAAGUCUGCUACCCUAACCACAAGAUCCAAGAUUAUCCACACCCCAGCCCUUAAUCCCCAUCCCCAAAUCACUGGAUUCUGCAGCCCCACAUCCCAAGGUGGAUCCCACGCUUCCCUGUCCCCUCUACUGGAUCCUGGACCUCCACGUCUUAACCACUGGAUCCCACACAAAUCAGUGAAUGGAUCCCAACACCCCAACCACAGGAGCCCGAAUUCCCUGUGUACCUCAACACCCAGACCCCGCCUCCCUCGAGCACCAGAUCCAGUGUCCUUGUGAAACACUGGAUCCUAGAUCCCCAACCCUAGAUCCCCAUGCCUCGAGCCCUGGAUCUUCAUGCUCAGCUACUGGAUUCUGGAUGUCAACAGACCUCACCACCGGAUCCUGACAAUCGCAAUGCCUAGAUCCUGGGGCCCUCAUCACUGGAUCCCAGAUCCCCUCACCCCAUCCACUGGAUUCCUGCAUUGGUUUUUUAUUUGUUUGUUUGUUUUUUAACCUUGACACUGGGUCUCCGAGCCUUCUACUCUGACUACCAGAUCCCUACAUUUCAAGCACUGCGCCUUCCACCCCGAGCCGCUGGAUCCCAGAUCCCCAAGCCCUCACCCACCAGAUUCUGGCUCCUAAAACAAGUGUGGAGACCCCAACCGUACAGCAAGUGGAUCCUGGCAACUGCAGCUGCUGGAUUCCACAUUCUAGAUCCCCAGUCCCUCUGCCCAGUCCCUCGAUGUUGAAACCUCAUCUCUUAAAGGCAGACCCUGAUAUUCCAAGGCACUGAAUCCCAAGCCCUUAACCCCUGGUUUCUGGUCAGAAUCUUCCAGGCGCCAGGUCUCACAUGUUCAGGCCCCAAGUCUAGAUCCUGGCAGCCCAAUUACACAGUAUCCCACACACACUGGUGCCCAGAGCCGACUUCUCGUGACAUGAAAUUGCAUGGUCGAGGGAGCCUGUGGGAAAGGAAGCCCAGGUCCUGGCUGCAGAAAAUCCCGGGGGGUUGGUCCCAGGUCCUCAUACAGCUCAUCACCAGGCAGCAAGGGCAGAGAUGAACCUCCUGCGACCUGCACGGAUGCUGGAUUCCUCCUCACCCCACCUCCUCUGCAUGGCCACCCCCUCCCAGCCCUGUGGGGAAACUGUUGCCUGGAACACUCAUCCCUGCAUCCCAGGACCCACUCCCUGCAUCCCCCCACUUUACAGCAUCUUCCAUCCCCCUCCCACCUUCUAGGCGAAUAGUCCCCAGAGCUGUGUCCCUCCAAGGGGUCUGAGGAAUCACUCAGUCCUGGUGGCUGCCAAGGAGACAGUCUGAGGCCAGGGACACAUGAAGGGAUGUCCCCACCCCAGCACUGCCAGCCCCUCCCCAGGCUUCCAGAGUUGAAAGCCAGGAGAAACUCAGCAAAGACCACCCUUCCCUGAACCCGAGCACCCAGUGAUGCAAAGAACAAAACAGAAACACGCCAAAUCCCCUAAUUCAUUCCAGAUCUAUUUUUCUACGAGAGAGAGGAGCAAAGUCCCCCUCUCCUACGCCCAUACAUUCUGCACUUCGUAGUUGGAUUCUGAGCUUAGGACCAUCAGGAGACCCCAUGGAGGGACUUGGAAAGGGGAAUGGGGAUUCGGGGAGGGGCUGGAGGUCUUCCGCACGCUUCCACCUCCACUGCGUCCCACCUCCCUGCCUGUGUGUGUGAUUUCAAAGGAAAAGAACAAAAGGAAUAAAUUUUCUAAGCUCUUU